UUCAUUCAACACCAACAUAUAUACAAAGAAAACACACAUUCUCUCACCAAAACUCCAUGGCAACCACUUCCACUAUAUUCGAUCAAGAAUUUAUGGAAAACUUCCACCACUCAAGAAGACUACUUCUAAUACCAAUUACAUUACAACAACACCCCGAGAACACCGUGGCGCCGUCUCCGGCAACCGGAAUCAGCCACGACACAACAGAUCAACCACCAUUUGAUGCAAAUGUUGUGAUGGUAUUGUCUGUACUUAUAUGUUCCAUAAUUUGUUCACUUAUAGUGAACUGCCUAAUAAAGUGUGCAUUGAGAUGCGCUAGCCGAGUAUUGGCAGACUCAUCCUCAAACCAUACAAAUCGUUCUGUAGCAAAGCUAGCCAAUACAGGGAUCAAGAAAAAAGCCCUCAAAACAUUCCCAGUUAUAACUUACACUACAGAAUUGAAAUAUCCGGGGGUUGGCACUGAGUGUGUAAUUUGCAUAUCAGAAUUUGGAGUUGGAGAAAAAGUUAAGGUUCUGCCUAAGUGCAACCAUGGCUUCCACGUCAAGUGUAUUGAUAAAUGGCUGAAUUCCAACUCUUCUUGCCCUACUUGUAGGCACUGCCUUAUUGAAACUUGCCAAAAAUUUGUAAAUGGAGGCACUUCUGUUACUACAACUGCAAUUUCUAACACUCAGGUAGCUACCAAUAUUACUACAUCGGCACCAGUUCAAGAAAUCAUAAUUGGGAUUGAAUCUCUCCAACGUGAAGAUGUGGUAUCUACCAAUUAUAUCUAACAACCUAAGUUAGUUAGAAAAAUAGGAGUAGUAUCUAAGUAGAAGCUUAGCUGUAGUUUAAUUGUUUCUUUCUUCUUUCUAGCUACGAUGAGGCCAACGCCUGUGUAGCUUCCCAAUGAUUCUUUUGUUUUUCAAGUGUAUACAAUGAUUAAAUUUUAUUUCCGGUUCUUUAUUAAA